GGUUUGCCUUUCAUCUUCUCUUUCGUCGUUGGAGUUCGGCUCCGUUGCUUUGCAGGUGUAUAGAUUGCAUGUGUCGCUUCUGCGGCUCCUUCGUGGCUGUUCGACUUCGCUCCUGCGAUCGGAAGUUACGACAUUUUGAUCGGAAGCAAGAAUGGGAGCUCGCUGGCUGUGAAGGGGAGCGCAUCCUUUCGCGCGCUUAAUCCGCCGUUUGAUUACGAAGCGCUCAUCCUGUAGCCAAACAGCCCCUUCAUCGCCCUUUCUUCUCCAAGACUGUUCGACGCUUUCCUCCACGGCCAAUACCGAACAAGCCAGUGAUGGGCUUCAGCAGCUCAGUUGCGAAAAGAAAAUUCCAUCAUCUCUUCCUCUUCAUCUGCAUCCUCUGUCUCCAUCCUACUUCAACAGCCAUCGAAAUCCUCUCCAAAUCGAAAUUGGAACGCUGCGUCAGGACAUCCGGCUCCGACAACUUGAACUGUGAGAAGAAGGUAGUCAUCAACAUGGUCGUCCCCAGCGGUUCCAGCGGCGGGGAGGCUUCCAUAGUUGCGGAGUUGGUGGAGGUGGAGGAAAACGAUACGCAGAAAAUGCAGACGAUACGGGUGCCCCCCAUCAUCACAAUCAACAAGUCCGCGGCUUACGCGAUUUAUGAUUUGUCUUAUCUAAGGGAUGUUGCUUAUAAACCGGAGGAGUUUUACGUAGAAACCAGGAAAUGUGAGCCUGAUGCUAGUUCAAGUGUGGUUAAAAUUUGUGAAAGGCUGCGGGAUCAAGAUGGUCACAUAAUUGAGCAUACAGAGCCAAUUUGCUGUCCUUGUGGGCCAAGUCGUCGUGUACCUUCCUCUUGUGGGAACAUCUUUGAUAAAUUGCUGAAAGGGAAGGCAAAUACUGCACACUGUCUUCGUUUCCCCGGUGAUUGGUUUCAUGUUUUUGGCAUUGGAAAGAGAUCGAUUGGAUUUAAUAUCCGGAUUGAAGUGAGAAAAGGUUCUUCUGUAUCAGAAGUUGUGAUGGGCCCUGAAAACAGAACGGUACUAUCAGGAGACAACUUUCUAAGAGUUAAUCUUGUUGGUGAUUUUGUUGGCUAUACAAGUAUCCCUUCAUUCGAGGACUUUUAUCUUGUUACACCAAGAUUAGGUGCUGCAGGCCAUCCGGAAAAUCUCGGGAAAAACUUCUCAAAGUGGAUGCUAUUAGAGAGAGUGCGUUUUACAUUGGAUGGUCUUGAAUGCAACAAAAUUGGUAUUGGUUAUGAAGCAUACAGAGGCCAGCCAGACUUUUGUUCGUUACCAUUUUGGAGUUGCUUGCAUAAUCAACUGUGGCAUUUUUGGGAAGCUGACAAGAACCGGAUAAGCAGGAACUAUCCUCCUCAAUAUGUGAUUGAGGGAAGAUUUGAAAGGAUAAACCAGCAUCCAAAUGCAGGAUCACAUUCAUUUUCUGUUGGAAUAUCUGAAGUCCUUAACACAAAUUUGCUGAUAGAGUUGAGUGCUGAUGAUAUUGAGUAUGUAUAUCAAAGGAGUCCCGGGAAGAUUUUAAGCAUAAGAGUCCCUACAUUUGAAGCACUUACCCAAUUUGGUACAGCUAUAGUGACAACAAAGAACAUUGGUAAACUAGAAGCCUCAUAUAGCCUAACGUUUGACUGCCUGAAGGGUAUCAGCUACAUGGAGGAACAAUUUUAUAUAAUGAAAGCAGAAGAGGUUGUUUCUCGAUCAUUCCAUAUAUACCCCACAACAGACCAGGCUGGAAAAUAUGAAUGUGCAGCUAUUCUCAAGGCUUCUGAUUUUACAGAAGUAGAUCGUGCGGAGUGCCAAUUUACUACCACAGCAACUGUUCUUGACAAUGGAUCCCAGAUAAUGUCUGAAUACGAUUCAAAAGGUGGUGGUUUGAAUGGGUUUCUUAAAUCAAUUAAGAGCGGCUGGAAAAGAAUUUGGAAUGGCUUGACAGAUUUCGUUACAGGGAAAACAUGCAGAAGUAAAUGCUCGAGUUUCUUCGAUUUCAGUUGCCACUUACAAUAUGUUUGUGUCAGCUGGAUAUUAAUGUUUGGAUUGCUACUGGCCAUAUUUCCUACGGUCAUCAUCCUUCUAUGGCUUUUACAUCAAAAAGGAUUAUUUGAUCCACUGUAUGACUGGUGGGAUGAUCGUUUUGGUAGCAAAACUGAAAGAACCAAAAUCCAUUCCAAGUAUGAAAAAUAUUCACAUACCCAUCAUCGCAGAAGACAUUAUAUUCAUGAUAAGGAAAGACGACAUAGAAAGAGGCAGAGCUAUAAUGAUCAGAGACAUCUAAAGCCUGCAAGCCAUGUCCACCAUGUUCAUAAAGAAAGUCACAAGCACAAACACAGGAAGCUGAGUAAAAAUGAACUUGUACUGGGAGAGUCAAGUGCAAUGACAGGGCUCCGAAGCAUUGCCAAGCAUCAUGAGGAGAAGCAGGUUGGUCGAAAGCAUGGCCACGGGCAUGCUUACAGGAAAGAAUUAUACUCUAAGCUCUAUGAUAGAGAUGAUCGGCAUUAGAUAUCUUUGAAUGUUCUCAUAUUGUUUAUGUUGUAAUAUAACUCUUUUGUUCUAACCUUGCUCUCAACUGGGUGUGAAAUUAUUUUGUGCAGUCACUGGAUGCCGUUUGGAGGCAAAUCAGGAUGCAUCAUGUCAUUUUUUAGUUGUGUACUGGUGUUGUGUACCUUUGUGUGUUGGGUGAUGUGGCACAUCCUGAUUCGCCUUCGGACUAUCCGAUGACCGCACAGAAUAAUCUCUCCAAUUGGGCUUUGAAAUAUGACCGGUAGUUGUGUGGUGUUAGUUAGUCAUGAUUACAAUAAUGUUUGCAUACCAAAUGUAUUUUAGGGUCUAUUUUGGAUAACUUUUUUGUUGCUUUGCUUUUAAUACAACAAUCAUAAUUUCAUUUGACUAUUA